AUGGUAAAGAUCGAACCCUUCGCAGUGGAGCAAUGGAUGGACGAGUACGAGACCACGCCCGGUGUUUUGAACAUCGCCGAGACGUGUGCUGCGUCCGUCUCCAUUGACGACCUAGGGACUCUUUCCACUGGAAAUCAUUCCGCGAGCCCGGUGAACCUCUCCACGAAACUCACGUACGGCGCAAUCAGGGGCUCAGAGAAACUGCGGGGGCGGGUCGCUGCUCUGUAUGAGACCGACAGUGCUCCACCUCUUUCCGCCGACAACUUGUUGAUCACUCAGGGAGCCAUCGUAGCCAACUUCCUCCUCCUGUACACCUUGAUUGGCCCAGGCGACCAUGCUGUCUGUGUGUAUCCGACAUAUCAACAGCUCUACGGAGUCCCUCAGAGCCUGGGGGCUGAAGUAUCUCUGUGGAAGCUGAGGCAGGACAAUGGCUACGUCCCGGAUGUCACGGAGCUCGAGUCUCUGGUGAAGAGCAAUACAAAGAUGAUCAUCUUGAAUAAUCCAAACAACCCCACCGGGGCAACUAUCCCAAAGGCCGUGCUCAAAUCGAUCGUCGACUUCGCCAGAGCACGCGACAUCAUUAUCCUGUGCGAUGAGGUCUACAGCCCGUUGUACCACAGCCCGCCAUCAGAUGCAGACAUCCCACCAUCCAUCCUGUCGUUCGGGUACGAUAAGACCAUCUCAACGGGGUCUAUGUCCAAGGCUUGGGCCCUGGCGGGAAUCCGGCUAGGCUGGGUGGCCUCACGGGACAAGGGCAUCAUUGAAGCUGUAGCAGAGGCGCGCGACUACACCACCAUCAGCGUCUCGCAGCUAGACGAUCAGGUCGCCACCUACGCCCUGUCCGACGAGGUGCGGCCCGCACUGAUAAAGAGAAACUUGGAGCUGGCGAGGACGAACCUCGCUCUGCUUCGGGAGUUCGUCGACGGGUAUAAGGGAGUCUGUAGCUGGGUUAAGCCGACAGCAGGCACGACCGCGUUUAUCCAGUUCACGAAUGGCGGCAAACCAGUGGAUGAUGUGGCAUUUUGCCUCGACGUGCUGGACAAGACGAAGGUCAUGUUUCUCCCGGGCUCCAAGUGCUUUGGCCACGACCGGGACUUUAAGGGAUAUGUUCGGGUUGGUUACGUUUCGGAGACUGCUGUGCUAGUCGAAGGGUUGAAGAAGCUGGGAGAAUACGUGAACAACAAUCUCUCGGCGUAG